ACCUCUCCUUCAAGUGAGCACCGACCCAAACAAGCAGGAAGCAGGAAAUGUUCGCGUUUCAGGGAGGCUGCAGCUCCGCGCAGCAUCCUGCCCGCGCGCGGCCGCCAGGUUGACAUGCCGGGGCCCCGCGCAGCCCGGCUGCUGGCCCUGCUGGGCGCGCUGCUCCACGCCGGCCGCGGGGAUUACGAGGACUCCGAUCCGGCAGGAGAGUCACCCACAGUCAUCAGUGGAGACGCUCUUCCGAGCCCUUCUGAAGACGUUCUUCCGAGCCCUUCUGCCGCGGUGACCACAGACCCGUUCGCUGCGUAUACGAGUUCUUCCCACACGGCUGAGGACAAGGACGAGCUGGCGUUCAUAUUAAUGGUGCUGAUCCCGUCGGUCUUACUGGUCCUCCUCUUUUUAUCGGUGAUACUCUUUGUAAUGCGCUAUAAAAGAAAACAAGCUAAACAAGAGCCGUCCAGCCAAGGGUCCCAGAGUGCCUUGCAGACGUAUGAACUGGGAAGUGAAAACCUGAAAGUCCCCAUUUUUGAGGAAGACACACCCUCGGUUAUGGAAAUAGAAAUGGAAGAACUUGAUAAGUGGAUGAACAGCAUGAACAGGAAUGCCGACUACGAGUGUUUGCCGACUCUGAAGGAAGAAAAGGAAUCGAACCACAGCCCCAGCGACAAUGAAUCGUAAAACAGGUGGUGCUAAUGUCUUCCCAGAGAAGCAGCCCCUGGGGAGCCUGCCCGGCCUGCCAGUGGAGGAUGAAGAGGAGGACAGGAAUUUAAUUCAUUGCAAAUCUGUGCAGACGCAGAACCCUGGCUGGUCCUUCCAGGCCCACUCUCCCCAGUGACGGCCUCACCUGGACUAGGAGUGUUGGGAAAGGCCUGGCCGCUGGUCCUGCCUCCUGUGCUGGGCAGAAGGGGCCACGCCCUGUGCUCAGGGCUGGUCAGGGGUCUGUCCCUCCUCCCAGCCAGGCCCAGCCGCCAGGCACCCUGGGUCCCUCCUCAGGGCUUCAAUCGGGAGGCCCUUUUCCACCCCGCUUUCCUUGGAUCCUGUCUCAGAUUACUCAAGCCGGCAGGCGGGUGCACGGCAUUGGGCGGGACCUUUCCUCCGGGAGAGAUGGUGCCACGGAGAAGACAGCAAGCAAAGUGAGAGUGUCAGCGUCUAUGCUGUCCCGGGGCUGGUGGCGGGUUUUCAGCUGCAGAGACAUCGCAGUGAGCGUCUGCAGCCCUGAGAACAUGACAGGCUGGGACCCAGCCAGGCCCGGUCACUCUUGGGGACACCUCGGAGAAACCAGGACUCCUCAAUGAGAAAGCAAGCGUUUUCCUUCUCAUCUGAGAUCACAUGGGCCGGGUGCCGGUUCCCUAAAGCCCGCGCUUGUCCUCCAGCCUCCUCGGCACCGGCACCGGUUAGAGCUGCCGCUGGCUGUCCUCUGCCUCGGAACCUGUAGACCAGGAAGCGGGUCUGCCUGUGCUGUGCCACGCUGGGACAAGCCAGGACGUCACCGGUCCAUCGGGGACGACAUUCUGUGCAGUCCUUGUUGACAUCCCUGUGCUAAAAGCAGCUGCGUGAAAGCAGAGUGCCCGAUCCAGCCCGCUCACCACGCACCCGCAUGUCACCCUUCCUCUUCUUCCAGCCUUCAAAGCAAAUUAGCAAGUUGGGAGCCCUGGGCUCUCUCAGGACACCUGGUAUUUUAUUCCAAGAAAGAAACAAAGAAUGGAGACUUGUUUGUUUUAUUCUGCACAUAUAAACCGAGGGGAGCCGAGGUAACCAAGCAUUUGGGGCUGAGUUGCAGGCUUGUGUUUGAAAGGCUGCUUUUUGCAUCACAAAACGGCUGCUGUUUGCCUCUCUCUUGCCCUCUGGGAUCCCUUUAACAGGCACUUGGCUUCUAAAUUAUGCUGAUAACAUAUAUAUUUGGCGAUAGGGAGCACGCGCGCUCCAGAGAGAGACAGGGAAAGUGAGAAGUCACUUCCAGUGCUGCAAUCCCUUCUCGUCCAUUCUCCUCUUAGGAUUUCGAGCACAUGUGCACACGUGCACUCAAGCCACCAGACCCAAACUGCAGUUAGCCAAGUGGAUCCAGUGCCUUGACCUCUAUGCCCCCUGCCUGCUCCUGACUUUGCAAUGCUUUAAAGAUACAUAUGAUACUGUGUUCUUAUACAUUUUAAGCAAACUAAUAGCAUUGCCUUGCCAAACUUCUCAGGAAAGUCGUUUAAAUGUAUAUGUAAAAAUAAUCCUUUGGGGACCAGCAGUUGGCGUAAUGGCUACGUUGCUGGACUCCCAUGUAGUCAACUGUGGUUCGAGUCCCAGACCCGGUGGCUUGAACUGACG